GGCAAACCCUAAAGCUGUGCGUCCACAUUAAGUGUCUGUCAAAAAUUUGUCAAGAUAUUGAGUGUCGAAAAAAAUCUCACAAUUGAAAAUUGGUUUUCACUGAAGGAUCAAAGUGUUAAGUGGUUUUCAGCAGCGGUAAGAAGCACCGAGACGACGCAUUAAAGAAUUUUUUUUUCUCACAACUGAAAAUUGGUUUUCACUGAAGGAUCAAAGUGUUAAGUGGUUUUCAGCAGCGGCAAGAAGCACCGAGUUAACGUAUUAAAAAAAAUUCAGCCAGCAAAAACUUGCACAAGUGAACAAAAUGGCCGACAUGCCCGACCUUAAUUGCGAAGACAUUUUCAACCAGAAGGAAGAAAAUGAAGCAUCAAUGAACGAGGAGGUUCCCAUUGAGACCGUAGCCACCGGGUCCGAGGAGCCCGAAAUUGCAGCUCCCGAGAUGGCGGCUCCCACCGCCAAGAAUGAGAAGCCGGAGAUCGAGGCGGAUCCGCCUCGCAACACCGAUGUGAAGGACCUGGAGAAGGCCUUGAUGGACGGGGAAUCCUCCAAGAAACCCGACUUGGAUCAGCAGGCCAGUGGCGAGGAGAAAGAAAACGAAUCUAAGGUUAAUUCCUUGCCAAAGCGCCUCUUUCAGGGUUUGGAAAAUGAUUCGGCCCCUCCACCGGCUAAGCGAGCAAAGCGUCGGGAGCCGGAAGACAAGGAAUCGGAGCCCCAAACCAAGGUUCCUGAUGACCUUGCCAAUGAUGUGGAUCGCCCUCAAACCUGAACUACCAUCUACCAUCUCUACGCAUCGCAGCUACUCCAUUUACUACAUCAAACACUAACAUGCUGACAAUUCUAAAUUACAUUUCAUUCAAUUACUGCAUUGUACUUAAA